AUGAAGAAGAGCCGGAGCCUGAUCAAGGGCAAGGGGCGGGUCGCCUGCGGAAUAUUCGCGUUGCUGAACCUCGCUUUCAUUGGGAUUGAGCUCGGGUUCAAGAUCCUGGUGGUGAAGGGGAGGGUGGCCCUGGGCUUGGGGUUUGGGGGGAGGUUUGGGUGCGGGUUGUUGUUCGCGGUGAUGCUGAUGGGGGUGGUUUUGCUUGGGCUGGUUGCGCAGACCGUGGUCUACUUUGUUUGCAAGAGCUAUCACCAUGAGAGCAUUGAUAAGUCGAGCUUGGCGGAUCACUUGGAGGUGUAUCUGGGGGAGUAUGUGCCGCUUAAAGGGCGGGACGUGCAGAUGGAGCAGUACUAUGCUUGA